AGCCAAGCGCCCAAGCCCAGCACUCGACACCACCACAGCGCGCAGCCACGCUCACGCACACCGAGCUGCGGGAGUGGAGUAGUGGACCGAUGGGGAGCAGCGGGGGCAGCAGCGAGCACUUCCUGCGGCAGCUGAGUUCGAGCGACGGCGGCAGCGCGCCGCACCAUCUGCUGCAGCGAGAGUGGGAGUGCGGCGGCGUCACCGGCAGCGGCAGCAGGCGCGGGUCGCGGAAGAAGACCAGGGCGCGGGGACACCGCCGCCGCGGCGGCGGGUUCUGCAGGGCGGAGGAGGCUGCGCCGGGGCGGAAGCGGGUAAUGGUGGUGGUGGACCAGAGCUCCGGCGCCAAGCACGCCAUGUUGUGGGCGCUCACCCACGUGGCCAACAAGGGCGACUUCCUCACCCUGCUCCACGUCCUGCCGCCGGAGAGCGGCCACAGCAGCCGCGGUGCUGCGGAGGACGCCUCCGCGCUCGCCAACUCCCUCGGCGCGCUUUGCAAGGCCUGCAAGCCUGAGGUCGAGGUGGAGGCGCUUGUGAUCCAGGGGCCCAAGCUGCCGACCAUCCUCAGCCAGGUGAAGAAGCUGGAGGCGUCCGUGCUGGUGCUGAGCCAACGCAGCCCCUCGCCUUUCUGCUGCUUCCCGCGGAGCAGCAGCGAGGAGCUUGUGGAGGAGUGCAUCGACCGGGCGGAGUGCCUGACGCUGGCGGUGCGGCGGCAGAGCAAGGGCGUCGGCGGCUACCUCGUCAGCACCCGGUGGCAGAAGAACUUCUGGCUCCUCGCGUGAUCCACAACCAUAUAUUUCCCCCCUUCUUUGGAAGGCGUUCGGUUUGAGUUUGAAAGCAUGGGAUGGAACGGAACGGGCUGGGAAAUGGCGUUUGGUUCAGGGAUACGAGGUUUGGGAAUUGGGAUCGCCUACAGGAGUGAGCGUGUUUCCAUGGAUUCGGGAAUAACGUACCUAAUCCCUGCAGGUCGGAGGGACGGGAUAGUCCUCUAUAUAUGAACGUCGUUUCUUCCGUC